AUGCUUAUCUGGCCAGAUGCUCAUGGGUUCAGUUACUUGAUCCAUUGCUUUCGGUAUCAAACUGUCCGCUACUUUGAGCAUCUGGCUGCAUACUCUAUUAUUAUUUUGUAUUUGGUGCACUGGACCAAGAGCGCACGGAGGGAGCUCUUCUCCGCCGCGCCUGGGACAGGAACAGGGAAAAUCCACCACGAUGCCACCAAUGAACAAGAUCCCCUUCUACACCAAAUCGGACAAAAGCUGGCGGCGCUAGAAGAACCAUCUCCCCCUCACGAGGCUCUCAUCGACAGCGAUCUUGGGGCUACCAUGAACAAAGACGAGGUCUUUGACCGAGCCUUGCCUGGAUCCGAUUGCUCUGCUGACAAAGAUAUGCAUUCGUCUGUGCAGGAUGACUCUGGCUACCUCCUGACGCCGGGGUCCGUCGGCGGCGGCUGUAAAGUACGCAGCGUGCUGCUCCCAGACAUGACGCGGCCCAACAUCGCGGAGGCGCUGCUCAUGGUGUCCCUGCCCAUGGCAGCCGCCGUCCUCGUCUUGCUGAAGCUCAGCUCCACUUCCACAUGGGACUAGGGCUUGUACCACCUUCAAGUUCAGAUAAUAUCAUGUGUCUUGAUUCACUUUCAUUUUGCAACUCAAGACGCCUUGUAAGACGAACAAGAACAGAGUGCAUAAAAGUUGUAUUCUGUCCGGAAA